AUGAAAUCGGAAGAUAAGCAGAAUGUGACAGAAUUUUUAAUCCAAGGCUUGACUGAUAUCCCCAAAUUGCAGUUCCCAAUUUUCUUCAUCUUCCUCCUAAGUUAUUUCAUAAUUUUAUUAGGAAAUAUAACUAUUUUUGUGCUUAUUUUGAGUGAUUCCCGUCUUCACACUCCUAUGUAUAUUUUUUUGAUGAACCUUUCAUUGACUGAUAUUGGUAACACCUCAAAUAUUCUUCCAAAAAUCUUAAUUAUUGUUGUAACACAACAUAAGACUAUUUCCUUUGUGGGAUGUAUAACUCAGAUGUAUUUGUUUAUAUCUCUGACACUCACGGAAAUUCUCAUUCUUACAGCCAUGGCCUAUGACCGAUAUGUGGCAAUUUGUCACCCUCUCCAUUACUUUAUCUUCAUGAGUUUACGAUACACUGUUAUACUUGCAGCUGCUUCCUGGAUCAUUGGUUUCAUGGACCCUACAGGACAUGCUAUUCUCGUUUCCAAAAUGUCUUUUUGUGAAUCCCACCUUAUUGAUCACAUUUAUUGUGAUCUUCCACCAUUGCUGAAGAUCUCAUGCAGCGGCAACUUUAAAGUAGAGUUGUUAACCUUUGUAGAAGGGGCAGUUUUUGCUGUUGUUAGUUUUCUGCUCACUUUUUUGUCCUACAUGUUUAUUGUGUCUUCUGUUUUGAAAAUACAAUCGGCAGAAGGCCGUAAAAAGACAUUUUCCACCUGCACUUCCCACCUGACCUGUGUUACUGCCUUUUAUGUAACGUUAAUUUCUUUGUACAUGAGACCCACAUCAAGCUAUUCCCUCAAACAGGACAAAUAUUUUGCUCUUCUAUACAUUGUCUUGAUUCCGAUCCUUAAUCCUAUUAUAUACACACUGAAAAAUCAAGAAGUUAAAGAUACUCUGAAGAAACUAUUACAUAGGAUGGUCAUUAAAACUUUAUAAAUAUCUGUCAAUCAUUGCUAGUAUUGGUGAAGAGGUAAUGACAUAUUAAAUAUCAAGAUGAGUUGUGUCUGGAUUUUGGCAGAAUAUGGCAUUUUCUUUAUUUUCCUCACAUUAUUGUAUACUUUGUAAACAACAUUUAAGGUGACUUUUA